AUUAUAUUGUCACUGUACUAUUUGGUCAUCUCUUGAGAGACACAUACAAUAUCAACAACAUCAUAUCUACAGAGCUGUCAAAAUGUCGAACAUUAUGCACAAAGUCAAGGAUGCCAUAACUGGCCAUCACAACGACUCCUAUAGCAAAGGAAGUCACGGAUCGAAGCCUAGCUCUGGCGACUAUAGCUCCGCCAAUCAAGGCACUGGACCUGGUUCGAACACCUACGGCGCCGAUGACUACGAAUCCAGGACUGACACAUACGGCUCGGGCGCUGGUGAAUACAAUGCCAAACAAGGCGGCGGUAACUACGGCUCCCAGUAUGGAGGAUAUGGCCAGCAUUCAGGAUCCGGAGGCUAUGAUCCAGGUAACACUGGCGGCCAUCAGGCUGGCGCUGGCGGAUAUGGAAGACAAUCCGAAUCUGGAGGCUAUGGCUCAGGCAACACUGGUGGUUAUCAGACCGGCGCUCGUGAUUAUGGAUCUGGAACUGGAGAUUAUCCGCCGCAAGGAGCUAAGCCGAUGUACGGAGACAGCAGCCUUGAUACGCGUGGAACCAGUGGAGAUGAUGGCUAUGAAUAUGGUGGAAACCAGUUGGACUCCGGCAAGAUGGGCUCCAAUAUAGGCCAUCUUCGCUCCAGUAGUGGCGGUGCCCAGCGGAAUCAAUGGUAAAAGCACUGGUACAGAGUAUCAACAAAACCCCGCAAGAGCUUUGGAUGGAUUUAUUUCUUUGAUGUAUCUAUGUGCUGAUUGGUCUUCAUGUUUAUUAUAUGCAGAAAUUAAUUAUUUUCUAACCCAG